AUGGUUCUUCGGCAUUCAACAUUAUUGUUGCAGUUCUCUUCCAAUACUGCCAAAAGCGACUUGUGCUCUCGCUAUGAAUACGCUCUAACGAUGAAAGUGCUUGGUAACGAGAAAGUCACAGUCACACUCGAUGAUGAGGUUGAAGGUCUUAGCGUUCCUCAGAAACCUGUAGCGAAAGCGGUUGAGAAUAAGAAGGAAACGUUGGAGGCACGUUUACCAGUGCAGACUGCUAAGCCAAAGUCUGCAAAGUCUUCAAAUGGAAACAGUGUUGAUGCAAAAUCGAAGGAUGCUUCUUCAGCUAAAGUUGUAGAAGUUUCUCCCGCGCCUACACCAACGACUAAAGAACAGGCACCCGAGCAAAUCAAAUACAUACUGCCGUGGGAAAAGGUAUGAUA